AUGCUCUGGCUCUCCAGCGGCAGGGCUCUGGCUCCGCUGCUCCGGUCCCGCGCGCUCCCCUUCGCCGCCUGGCUCCUGCUCAGCCCCCUGUGGGUCCAGAUGUCUCUGGCUUCCUCCUUCCUGACAGGAUCUGUUGCAAAAUGUGAAAAUGAAGGGGAAGUUCUACAGAUACCAUUUAUCACAGACAAUCCUUGUAUAAUGUGCAUUUGCCUGAAUAAGGAAGUGACAUGCAAACGAGAGAAGUGUCCAGUGCUUUCCAAGGAGUGUUCUCUGGUCAUUAAGCAGAGAGGAGCCUGCUGUGAGCAAUGCAAAGGUUGCACUUUUGAAGGAAACCCCUACAACAGCUCUAUGAAAUGGCAAGUGCCAGCUAAUCCAUGUAUUGCAUAUCAAUGUCAGGAAGGAGUGGUAACAGAAUCUGAGAUGCAGUGUGUUGUUCAUUGCAAAAACCCUUCUGAACUGCCGGGAAUGUGUUGCCCCACUUGUCCAGGUUGUAUAUUUGAAGGUAGACAUUACCAUGAAGGGAAGGAAUUUCAGCCUGAAGGAAACAAAUGCACCAAGUGUUCUUGUAUUGGAGGCAGGACACACUGCGUACGAGAAGUCUGCCCCAUUCUGUCAUGUCCCCAGCAUCUCAGUCACAUUCCUUCUGGACACUGUUGCCCCAAAUGUUUAGGCCAGAGGAAAGUGUUUGACCUCCCAUUUGGAAGCUGCCUCUUUCACAGUGAUGUUUAUGACAAUGGAUCCUCUUUCGUUUAUGACAACUGCACUAUGUGUACCUGUAGGAAUUCUACAGUGGUAUGUAAGAAGAAGUGCUCACCUCCUGGAGAAUGCAAUAAAAGCAAGGAACACUGCUGCAAGGAGUGUGUCUCGUACGUCUCUCCUGAGGAAUUGAAAGUGUGCAAAUUCGGGAAUAAGAUCUUUCGGGAUGGAGAGAUGUGGUCCUCUGUUAACUGCACCAUCUGUGCUUGUGUGAAAGGCAAGACAGAGUGUCGCAAGAAGCAGUGCAUUCCAGUCAACAGCUGCCCUCAUGGUAAGAUCCUGAACAGAAAAGGAUGCUGUCCUAUUUGCACUGAAAAGCCUGGAGUUUGCACUGUAUUUGGAGACCCCCACUACAACACUUUUGAUGGAAGGACAUUUAACUUUCAGGGAACAUGUCAGUACGUUUUGACGAAAGACUGCUCCUCCUCUGCCUCGCCCUUCCAGGUGCUGGUGAAAAACGAUGCCCGUCGGACCCGUUCUUUCUCCUGGACAAAAUCUGUGGAUCUUGUGUUGGGCAGAAGCACUAUCAGCCUCCAGCAGCACCUCACAGUGAAAUGGAAUGGGACCCGGAUAUCACUGCCUUGCGAGACUCCUCAGUUUCAGAUCGACUUGGAUGGUUACUUGCUGAAAGUGACAACUAAAGCAGGCUUGGAAAUCUCCUGGGAUGGAGACAGCUUUGUCGAAGUCAUGGCUGCACCACAUCUGAAAGGCAAACUCUGUGGCUUGUGUGGCAACUAUAAUGGGCACAAGAGAGAUGACCUGGUAGGAGGUGAUGGGAAUUUUAAGUUUGAUGUGGAUGACUUUGCUGAGUCCUGGCGCGUGGAGUCGAAUGAGUUCUGCAGUCGCCCACAGAAGAAACCUGUGCCUGAACUGUGCCAAGGAACAGUGAGGGUAAAACUUCGGGCCCACAGGGAAUGCCAGAAACUCAAGGCUUGGGAGUUUCAGAAUUGUCACUCAACGGUGGAUUAUACUACGUUCUAUCGGUCCUGUGUAACAGAUAUGUGUGAGUGUCCAGUUCAUAAAAAUUGCUACUGCGAGUCAUUCCUUGCCUAUGCCCGAACCUGUCAGAGAGAAGGGGUGAAAGUCCAAUGGAAACCUGAGCAGCACUGUGCAGCAACCCAGUGUAAACAUGGUGCAGUGUAUGAUACCUGUGGCCCUGGAUGUGUCAAAACAUGUGACAACUGGAAUGAGAUUGGUCCAUGCAAUAAGCCAUGUGUUGCAGGUUGCCACUGUCCAGCAAACUUAGUUCAUCACAAAGGAAGAUGCAUCAAGCCAGUCCUCUGUCCACAACGGUGA